AUGCAUUCAAUAAUCCGCCCAAACGCCUGGGUCGCGGUGAAGCUUCCAUCAGGCAUCACUCGGGUGCUCCAAGUAGCCCCAAACACAACAAUCUCGCUCGGCAAGCAUGGCGCCUUUCCAGCCAACUUGAUUCUGGGACGACCAUACCACCUCACUUUCGAGCUUGAGGACAAGCGCCCUGGCGAGACCUUCUCGCGUCUCCGAGCCGUUCCGCCGUCCGAACUCUACGCUGAAGUCUUCGCCGACGAGGAAGCACCUUCCUGCUCGACUCCGGCACCUGGCACCACCGAGGCCGUCAUAACUGCCGCCGAUGGCGACGAGUUCAGCCUUGUCGAUGCUGACAGUGGGAAAGUUGUGGUGCGGUCAAACAACGAGGCGAUCGACGAUAGCGCGCGGCAAACAUUAACGCAGGAGGAGAUUGAGGAGUUGAAGCGGGACGGCAACAACGCAGGCAAGGAUGUUAUUGCCAAGCUGCUGCUCUCACACACGGCGCUGGACCAAAAAACAAGUUUCAGCUUGGCCAAGUACAAGCUGCUGAAGACGAAAAAGUACAUCCGGCGAUUCCAAGUGCUGCCGAUUGACGUGCCGAAUUUUUCGACGUGGCAAUUAGAGGAGAGAGACGCUAGUAGAAUAUUGGAUUUACGGGCCGAGAUGAUGGGUCUUGUGGGUUGCUGGGGUAAUGUUCACUACGGGGGCGAGGACGUCUAUCUAGAUGACCCAAAAGCGACGAGCGAGCAGGGACACGAGGCAUGCCCCGUCGUCCAGGAGCAGCUGUUGAAAGGAAGAUGGUUGGUGGUGGACGACACUUGCGGGCUGUUGGUCGCUGCGCUGGCCGAGAGGAUGGGCGUGCUCUCCCCGGAAGAGACUGAUAGCGACGACGAGGCGGACGAAAAGUCCGAAGAUAAAGCCACAGACGGUGCCGAGACAGCGAAAGACUCGGCACCUACCGAUGAGAAUAUCAAAAAGGAGGUGGUGGAUGGCGACGAAGAGUCCAAAGAGACAACACAUCAGGGCAGCGACACAGAGAUGGCGGAUGCGCAAGACGAAGACCAGAAGCCAAGAGCAGAUGCGAAGCCGAAGCACCACAGGCCUCGCGCCUCUGACUUUGCCAUACCCUUUUCGCAGACAAAUACCAUCACUGUCGUCCACGGAGCAAGCCAGCCGAACCUGUCGUUCCUCAAUUACUGGGGCUUCGACGUCACAUCACCCAACCACCCGCCACACCCUCUCCUCAACCACCUCCUGACUCUCACCUGGCUUCAGCUGCUCAAGCCGGAGCUAGACACAUCGUACUCCACCCCGCCCCUGACCGCCUCGUCCGAAACGCUCAGCUCAUGGAAGCCGAGCCGGAGAGGCAACUUCCACCGCAAGAGGAGAAGGUACGCGCGGAUCCGCCACAUCGUCGACACGGCACGAGCAGGGAACUUUUCGGGCCUGGUGUGCGCCAGCACCAUGGACCCGAUCAGCAUCAUGAAGCACGCCCUCCCGCUCCUAGCCGGUGGCGCGCCCGUUUCCAUCUACUCGCCCACCAUCGAGCCCCUGACGGCCCUGGUGGACUGCUUCAGCGUGAACCGCCGGACAGCCUGGACGAGCGGCGCCGUGCCCGAAAUCGCCGACAAGUCCAACGAGGAGCUGGAGCACUGGGCCGGCACCGAGCAGUUCCCGCUCAACCCGACGCUAUUGCUGGGCACGUCAAUCCAGACCAGCCGGGCCCGCCGGUGGCAAGUAUUGCCGGGAAGAACACAUCCGCUUAUGACGGAGCGUGGCGGAUCCGACGGGUUUAUAUUUACGGGAUGGAAGGCGAAGCCGGCCGAGGGGAAGGUCGCCGCCAAGGGCAAGUUCAAGCGGAGGAAGCUCGAGGACGACUCUGCACCGCAGUCGGAGGCGGCUGAGACCCCGGCUUAA